AGAAUUCAAACCCUCCAUUAUUGCAAUUGAUGCCACACCACUCAUUAAGGUCUAUGAGUAAUUAGAGGUUAGGAUCCUAAAAGGGCCUUGAUUCUUGACAUUAUAAAUUCCGGGAAGAGCUGAACUCACUUCAUUGUGCUUGGUUUUAUCUUCUCCUUCUCAUCUCUCUUAAUCUUAUCUCUGGCUGUUUCAUUCUAUAAUAUAUACUACAAGAGCCAUGGAUCAAUGUGCUGUUUUUCUUCUUGCAUUGAUUGCCUGCAGCCAUUUAGUUUUCUCAGUUGAGGGAAGACAAAUAAAAUCAGUGAGAAAACUUGGUUCAAAGCAGAGCAACCAGGUUGAUAACCCUGCAAGGCACAAAGAAGAUCCUCAACCUGGAGCCCCAAGUUACAUUACUAACGCUGCUGCCCACCAUUUAUCUUCAGCAUCAGGAAAGAUAGAAGUAUUGUCACCCCCUAUACCAACUAAAAGCUCGGAUUUUGGAGAUUCACUUGCAUGGUAUAAAGGAGAUUUUCGACCCACUACACCAGGGAACAGCCCUGGUGUUGAUCAUUCUUUUGUAGAAGAUGAUGAAGAUACUCAACAAAAAUCAGGAAGCAUUAGCCCAAGCAAUGAUAAGCAUUCUAUUGCAGAAGAUAAGGAAGAUUUCCGACCUACCGACCCAGGACAUAGCCCUGAUGCUGGACAUUCUUUAGCAGAAGAUGAUGAAGAUACUGAACAAAAAUCAGGAAGCAUUAGCCAAAGCAAUUACAAGCAUUCUACUGCAGAAACUAAGGAAGAUUUCCGACCUACCGACCCAGGACACAGCCCUGGUGCUGGACAUUCUAUAGCAGAAGAUGAUGAAGAUACUGAACAAAAAUCAGUAAGCAUUAGCGGAAACAACGAUAAGCAUUCUAUUGCAGAAGCUAAGGAAGAUUUCCGACCUACCCACCCAGGACACAGCCCCGGUGCUGGACAUUCUUUAGCAGAAGAUGAUAAAGAUACUGAACAAAAAUCCGGAAGCAUUAGCCCAAGCAAAGAUAAGCAUUCUAUUGCAGAAGGUAAGGAAGAUUUCCGACCUACCGACCCAGGACACAGCCCUGGUGUUGGACAUUCUAUAGCAGAAGAUGAUGAAUAUGCUGAACAAAAAUCAUUAAGCAUUAGCCCAAGCAAUGAUAAGCAUUCGACUGCAGAAGGUAAGGAAGAUUUCCGACCUACCAACCCAGGACACAGCCCGGGAGCUGGUCAUGCUUUCCCAAGCAAAAUUUCAGAACCACAUGCCUAGACAUGUAAAUGCCAUCACAGGUACAUUGAUUUAGGUAUAUUUCCUCAAUCUCCCAAAUUGUAAUAAUUGUGUCAGAUGGAAGGAUCUGUUAUUGUUAUGGAUUUGCAAUAUUCACGUAGGACUUGCAUGAUUCCUAGGUCUAAAGACAGAGAUUGGGAUGUAACUAUAAAAAAAUAAUUAUCCCGAAGCAAUCUGGUUUGAUGUUUGUAACUAGUUAUUUAAUCAUGUCCAUGUCACUAUUUCAUGUACUAUACAUUACUCUUUGCAAUGUCUUCUUUCAUCCAUCUUAGUAAUAAAUUGUUUCUGAUAUUUCAAAAAAAAAAAAAAAAAGACAGCGACAGCGCCCGUAUGGCGCAUUUAGCCGACCU